AUGACGACUGAUGAACGCUUCGAAGGUGUUGAGAAAAGACUCGAAAUUGUCUUCUCACCUACCGCCGGUAAGCUCCGGGAGAAGCUAACGCAGAAUCUGCUAGAGCAGAUCCUAACAGACGUGAAGUGCCACAUUGUGUCACAUAAGUUGGAAGAGAAGGUUGACGCUUACCUGUUGUCCACGUCAAGCUGUUUCGUCUACGACGACAGGGUGAUAGUGAAGACUUGCGGAGAAACGGAGAUAUUUAAGUGCAUGGAGAGUCUCAUGGGCCUAACUGAUCACCAAAACGUGGUUUCUGUGGUCUACACACGAGGAGACUUCUUCUGGCCGGAGAGACAGCCAUUUCCUCACAACGACGUCACCGAGGAGAACAAGGAGUUCGUGAAGCUCUUGGAGAAGUUGACGAAGCUCAAACCGAUGAAGGCCUUGUGCAUGGGAACGGGGAACAAAAAGUGGCACGUACUCGGUGGGUUCUCCGGCGACUCCUUAACAAGCCAAGGAGACUUUGUGACUGUCGAGAUGUCCAUGAGAGGACUCGACAGAGAGAAGGCCAAAGUUUUUUACGAGAAGGAGAACGUUACAAAGACGACGAUGACGGAAGAAUCUGGCAUUUGUUACAUAUUUCCGAAUGCCAUAAUCGAUGCUCACGCGUUUGACAAAUGCGGUUAUUCCAUGAACGGGAUAGAGGGAAAAGGAAUAUCAACCAUCCAUGUCUCGCCGGAAGAUGAAGGAAGCUUCGCAAGCUUCGAAUCUUUCGGCUACGACUUCAAGAAUGAGAAGAAAUUCGAACAUGUGAUCCCGACCGUCUUGAAAUGCUUCAGUCCGAAGCAGUUCACAAUGACUGUGUACUCGACCGUUCCGCUCGAGGGCAACGAGCCGGAGCUCAAGGUCGACCUCAAGGGCUACAAGUGCUUGGAGGAGAAGAUCCACAAGUUGGACAAUGGCGGUUCGGUUGUUUACCAGUCCUUCGAGUUCGAGGCUUAA